AUGUGGCGUCUCACUGCAGUCGUCGUGUUAGCCAUCAGAGCGGUGCAAGCCCAAGACACCGGCAACGUUACCGCCGAAUGCCCAGAUGUGCCGGGCUUCUUCUACCAGGACAGCUGUAAACUGCUCUGCCGGGAAACUGAAUGGACGGAUGUAGUUGUCUUUUAUCUCGGCAACUACGUCGCCCACGCCGCCACCAUCACUACGCGCCCAGGACAGAGCACUCUGAUCACUGUGGUAACAAUGAUAGGCGCCGUUCUGCUUCCCGGCACCGGCAUCUGGAACGGUAUGAAGGCUAUACUCAGUCUGGCUAGAUUCGCUCCUACCGACUUGCAGACAGCAGCUCGUGCCGGCGCAUUGUAUGCAGUGGUCAAGGACAAUCACCGCCGCCAGUGUCAGACGUCUAUAUCAGAUGGAGCCGAGGGCAUCCAAAUGGCUGCGAUGCCGGCUACAGUGACAUCUCAAAGCGCCCAACAGGAACAAAACAUAGAGAAGCAACUUUUAGAAGAUUCAUCAGUACAUGAAGAUUCAAGGUCGAAUGGCACGGCAACUUGGACGACAACUCUAUUGAACUCCAAUAUUCACGGACUAUGCAAGCUGCCCGAAGGAUACCACCUAAUGCAAGUCCCACAGAAUGCGACUUUUGUGGGAGAAGACGACUUGCCCGUGGACCACCGACCAUGGUACCACUAUCGACGUUUAGCAAAUAUCAUCCUGCCUUGGACACAGCCUCAACCCGAUAGGCCCACCGCCGCGUUAUCCUGCAGUUACAACAUAGUCAGAGUACUUGCAUCCAUCAUUCAGUUAAUCUUUGCAGUCUCAACACUGUACCGCACACGCGGUGACCAAAUCCAGCGUUACGGUUAUGCCGCAUUCGGCCUGACUGUGUUACCCUACGCAUGGAUGUCCCUCAUCAAUCUCGUUGGCAACGCCAUGUGCCCACAGUACGAUAAGAUCUAUGUUGCCAGCUCCCGAGCCUUGCGCGAGUUGGAGCGAACUCGAAGAGACGGGUCUCAGAACUCGGAGAUGUCAGAGCAAGAUCAGUGGCAUGUAGUUGGCGCCGUGGGCCGCCUGGAAGAUCAUUGGGAUGAGCAACUAUGCAAAGACUACGAAAGCUGUCGCGAGCAGGAAGGCGCCGAACAGACGACACUUAUGGCACGCAAGCGGUCGGCUCUUGAUGCGGUCUUGACAACUUGGAGUCGAAAGUCACCUAGUCGCAUGAUUGUGGGGCCUAUCAUCGACAUACUCUGGACGGAAGACUUCCGCCGGACCCUACGUUGGUAUAGAGACGAAUUUAUGCUGCUCGCCAGGGAGGUGCGCGAGGACCCUAAGUCUGGGAUACUCUCUUUCUUCCGGAGAUGGAAGGAGCAGUUGCUGGCGCCUUUGAUCGUGUUCAUCGUUCCCUUGGCUCUGGUAGGCGGCCUCUCCGGUUUCCAGCCCGGGCAGAGCGAACCAUUUCAGAGGGUGUGGGUUAUGAUGUGGCUGGUUCUUGGCUUGGGAGUUGGAUUUGUCCUCGGCCAAGCCCUGAGACGAUUUGGCAACCAGUCAACUAAUGUAUACCAACAGCCCACUGGGUACUAUGUUGGCCCAUAUGGUUUUCUAAGCUUUUGGGAAGCCAUUAUGGGCGCCAUGGCUUAUGGACCUGUUGCCAUUGGAGGGUAUGUAGUAGUCACCCGGAUGCUUCUUGAGUCUGGAAGCUGUGUCGAGGUCAAAUCUUAG